GCACGUGAAACAGUUGGGUCGCAAUUCGUCGUAUUUUGUAAUUUUCUUUGUUGUAAAAUGCCUAAGAAAAAGACAGGGGCUCGAAAGAAAGCCGAAAAACAAAAAGAACGCCAGCGAGGAAUAAGAGAAGGUCGUGAUAGACCUAUUACGGAAUAUUUUUGCAAUGUGAUAAUGGAAUGUGAUAAGUGCAAAAGACGACAGAAAAAUCGAGCUUUCUGUUAUUUUUGCUCGUCAGUUCAGAAGUUACCUAUCUGUGGAAACUGUGGAAAGACAAAAUGUAUGUCUAAGGGUGGAGACUGUGUUGUUAAACACGGAACAACUUUUACAACUGGCUUUGGGAUGGUGGGAGCUAUUUGUGAUUUCUGUGAGGCUUUUAUCUGCCACGGCAAAAAAUGUUUAACCACUCAUGCUUGUGAAUGUGCCAUUAGAGAUGGUGAAUGUAUUGAGUGCGAACGAGGUGUCUGGGAUCAUGGUGGACGUGUUUUUGUGUGUUCUUACUGUGCAUCAUAUUUGUGUGAAGAUGACCAAUUUGAGCAUCAAGCCAAAUGCCAAGUACUUGAGUCUGAGACAUUAAAAUGUGGUUCCUGUAACAGAUUAGGUCAAUACUCAUGCCUCAAGUGCAAGGCAUGUUACUGCGACGAUCACGUCAAAAGAAAAGGAGUGAAGUACGUCAGAGGACAGCCUAUACCCUGUCCAAAAUGUGGAUACCAGACCAAAGAGACCAAAGAUCUGAGCAUGUCCACUCGUAACUACGCGUAUUCUCGUCAACGAAAUGAUGUGGACUAUGACGACGAUGAUGACUACGGGUCCAGCGGUUUCAGUUACGGGUCAAGUGGGUUCAGUUACGGGUCAGGCGGGUAUGCUUACGGGACAUCCCACUACGCAGAUAAUGAAGACGAAGAUGAAGAUGAUAGUGAUGAGGAUGAUGACGAGGAGGAAGAGGAGAAAGAAGAAAUUGAUGACGAUGACGAUGACACAGAAGACAAACAGGAUAGAAGUGACAUGAUGGACGACAAGUUGUCUGAAUUAAAAGUUUCAGUGUCUUGACCAAACUCAAAGGUUUUCUUGGAAUUGGACGACUCUUUGUUAUCUGCAGAAACUGGCGUUUAUGCAAAGAAUGUUUUAUUAUUGCAGAAGAAUAAAAUAAUGAAUUAAAUAACAGA